UGCGGGAAAAUCUUAUCGUCAUUUCUCCUUCUUCUUCUUCUCUCAAUCUCUCUGCGUGAAGCUAUGUGGCUACAGAAGCUAAGGGAAGGAGACGAAGACGCAACAGCUUAAAUUGGGAUAUCACGAGCAAGAAUGGCCGUAUCAACAGCGAGAAUAACGGAAAUGCCACUCCGAAGCACGGUCCCACUCACCUCUAACUCCUCGUACUCACUCCGCCUCCGCUUCCUCUUCUCCGCUACCACAGCCGGUACUAAGAAGUCGUCUUUAUCUCUCUUCAAGUCAUUCUCUUCUCUCCGCACGACAACCGAUAACCCUAGUACGCACUAUCCCUGGGACGACAGAAACCCUAGCCAAAACCCUACGCCUAACCCCAAGCCCAAGCCCAAGCCUUCUUCUUCAUCUUGGCUGGAUAAAUGGCCCUCGUCGGAGGCCCCGGUCAAUUCGAAUUUAAAUACGCAGCGGCCCGAGGACGCGGCGGAAAGCCGGUACUUUGACGGGAAGUCCAGGGCCGGGACUAGCGCGAUUGAGAGAAUUGUGCUUCGGUUGCGGAAUUUAGGGUUGGGUUCGGACGAUGAAGAUGAGGAGGAGGAGAAGGAGGUAAUGCCGGUGACUGGCGAGGAGAAGUUGGGGGAUUUGUUGAGCCGAGACUGGGUGAGGCCUGAUAAAAUGUUGAUCGACGACGGCGAGAAUGAGGGGGUGCUGCCGUGGGAGAGGGCGGAGGAUAGGGAGAGUGAGGAAGAGGUGAAGAAGAAGAGGACGGUGAAGGCCCCGACUUUGGCGGAGUUGACCAUUGAGGAUGCUGAGUUGAGGCGGCUGAGGCGUCUUGGGAUGAUGAUCAGGGAGAGGAUUAGUGUCCCUAAGGCUGGGGUUACUGGGGCGGUGCUGGAAAAGAUUCACGAUCAGUGGAGGAAGUCGGAGUUGGUUAGGCUUAAAUUCCACGAGAGCUUGGCACAUGACAUGAAGACUGCACAUGAAAUUGUCGAGCGUCGUAGUAGAGGAUUAGUCUUAUGGAGGUCUGGGAGUGUUAUGGUGGUGUACCGGGGAAAUAACUAUGAAGGGCCCUCGCAGAGUCCAAAACCUUUGGAUGGAGAAGGUGAUUCUCUUUUUGUGCCAGAUGUCUCUAGUGCUGCCAACCUGAAGGACAGCAUGGUGAAUGGUUCUCCGUCAAUUAUGGAAAAGAGCAAAAUACCUGUUUCUUCAAAUCAUGCAGAGAGCAUGACAGAAGAAAAAGCUGAGUUCAAUAGCCUUCUAGAUGGUUUAGGUCCACGUUUUGAGGAUUGGUGGGGAACAGGAAUACUUCCUGUUGAUGCUGAUUUGCUCGAGCAGACUAUUCCUGGCUACAAAACACCUUUCAGGCUUCUUCCUACUGGAAUGCGGCCACGACUAACCAAUGCAGAACUGACCAGCUUGCGAAAACUUGCAAAAUCUCUUCCCUGUCAUUUUGCCCUUGGGAGAAACAGAAAUCAUCAGGGCUUGGCUGCUGCUAUAAUCAAGCUUUGGGAGAAAAGUCUAGUUGCAAAAAUUGCUGUUAAACGUGGAAUCCAGAACACAAACAACAAGUUAAUGGCAGAGGAGCUUAAGAAACUUACAGGAGGUGUCCUACUGCUCAGAAACAAAUAUUUUAUAGUCAUAUAUCGUGGGAAGGAUUUCCUGCCAACAAGUGUGGCUUCUGCUUUAGCAGAAAGACAGGAAAUGACAAAGCAGAUUCAAGAUGUUGAAGAAAAAGUGCGGAAUGGUAUGAUAGAAUCAGAUUUUGUAGUUGAAGAUGGACAGGUGCAAGCAGGUACUUUGGCUGAAUUUUACGAUGCUCAGGCCCAGUGGGGAAUAGAAAUAUCUGCUGAAGAACAUGAGAAGAUGGUGGGAGAAGCUUCAAGAACUGAGAGAGCUAGGGUAGUCAAGCGGAUGGAACAUAAGCUAAAAAUAGCCCAGAACAAAUUGCUUAGAGCUGAGAAAAUGUUAGCAAAGGUGGAAGCAUCUAUGGUUCCUGUUGGACCUUCUGAUGACCAGGAAACAAUCACUGAGGAGGAACGCUCGAUGUUUCGCAGGGUUGGAUUAAGAAUGAAGGCAUACUUACCUCUUGGCAUUCGCGGUGUUUUUGAUGGUGUUAUUGAGAACAUGCACUUGCAUUGGAAGCAUAGAGAACUUGUAAAGUUGAUAUCCAAGCAAAAAAUCCUUGCUUUUGUUGAGGAAACAGCAAGAUUAUUGGAGUAUGAAAGUGGUGGAAUUUUAGUGGCAAUAGAAAGAGUCCCAAAAGGUCAUGCUCUUAUUUACUAUCGUGGAAAGAACUAUAGGCGACCAAUUAGCUUGAGGCCAAGAAACCUUCUAACAAAGGCCAAAGCAUUGAAGCGUUCAAUUGCCACGCAGCGACAUGAGGCUCUCGCUCAACACAUAUCUGAAUUGGAGAAAACAAUUGAGCAAAUGAAAAUUGAAAUUGGUGAUUGUAAGGAUGUACAAGACACAUCUCUGCAAGACGAGAAUACUGAAAAAGAAGACAAUGACUUUGAUCGCAUCUCAGACAGUGACCAAGGUGGAGACCACUACCCUUCGCGUUGUCAUUUUGAUGGUAAUGAAGACAGCCUUAAUUGGGAAGAUGAAUCUGAAUCAUCUUCCUUAAUGAAGACAGCCUUAAUUGAGCCUUCAGAACCAUGAUUGUUCUUCUGGCCGCAAGAGUUGAUGACUUGAUUCCUGUUCAGUGAAGUAACUGCAGGCCGAUGCCUUGAAGGAGAUCAUCUAUUCCCAUCAAAUUCUAAUUUGUUGAUGGUUCGGGUACUCUGCAAUGGGGCUGAAAUGCUUGGCCGAUUGAUUCAAGUCCCAUUUAUGUAAGGUGGCAAUUCGUCAAUUCUUCAUGGGGAAAUGCCAAUCUCCGUGGAAGGUUGCUGCAUGUUCUUAAUUGUAUAUGCUCAGGGGAACAAUCCACAAUCCAUUAACCAAAAAUUCAAAGAAAACAGGAGAAUCACCAAUCUGAGUUGCAUCUGAAUAUCAGCUAUUUGUUAUGCCGUAUUAUUUUUACCAUAAUGUAAUCUUAAAAUAGCUCAUUCAAAAAUCUGAAAAUGUUAUUUUGCAGUGUAGAAAGCUGUUGACUUGUAUCCACUAUUGCCCGCUUCAGUUGUCUGGUCUCUAUUAUGGAGGAAUGAUCAGAUGACCCGAAUGAGCUUUUCAUUUUCUGGCCCUAUUAA